UAUAGUAUUCAUGUGUAACAGAACAUUCAUCACUUGUUCAAAGAUGCUUACGUUUGUUUUGCUGUUUCUGUGUGUAGCUAAAUCGGUAGUGGCGUUAAUAGCAGAUGACCCUUGCGACUAUUACAUUGAAAUGUAUGAACCUUGGAGAAAAAUCAGCCACAGCAGUUCUAGAUAUUAUUAUGAAGAAUAUGGGAUGACAAGGGAUUGGUUUCGCAUCACAGGACAAGCGGGAAAUAAGGUGGCCAACACGUGUCCUUCGCUCAACUACUGUGGUGCCAACUACCCUAUGUGGAUGCUAGGAGAUCAUCCUACAGCGGCUGAAGGAAUAGUGAAACACACACUUUGCACCAGAUACUCCUCCAGCUACUGCUGCACCACUCCUAGUGAGUACUCUUAUUUUAAGGGAGACGUCAUCUACGUGAAGAAAUGUCCAGGUGGAUAUUAUGUGUACAGGAUACCUAAUCUAAAACACUGGGGUGGCAGAGCUGUAUGCUCAGUGAGAGACAGCAGUGACCCGUGCCUGGACAGUAACUGUAAAUACGGCUGUGUUAACAACAAUGGGAAUUCUAAGUGCACCUGUCCACCUGAUAUGGUCAAGUCUGGGGACAAUUGUGUGUUACCAUGCCAAGUUAACAACCCUGGCUGCAGUCAUAAAUGCGUCAACCAUGCUGAUGGUACAACUAGCUGUCACUGUCCAUUUUACCUGACCCUGGACGCAGACAAAAAAACGUGCAUAAGUAAGUGCCAGACCAACAAUGGCGGUUGCAGUGAUUAUUGUCACGAAGACGGACAAGGCGAUGUCGCCUGUAGUUGUCCGGCAAAUCUGGUACUCGCCACAGACAGGAAAACAUGCAAAACCUCUUGCUCUAUCAACAAUGGUGACUGCAGUCACGUGUGCAAUGACACUGACAAAGGUGUUGUCUGCUAUUGCCCUCCCAAUUUAGAAAUGGGACAUGAUAUGAAAACAUGUGACAAGGAUGUGAACGAAUGUCGUAACCAAACCACACCUUGUUCCAAACACGCUGACUGUACCAAUACAUUCGGGAGUUACACAUGUACCUGCAAACUCGGCUACUUUGGGGACGGCUUCCAAUGUUUAGAGGAAAAACCCACUGAUCCAACAACUAAAAGGUGCGAAUGUCGUCUGAGGGCAGAGAUAAACAGCACGGCCCCCGGUGCCAUACUCUACGAGUUCCCCACCCUAAUCUACGGGUUUAAAGGGGUUUGGGUACUGGAGCCCAACGCCACCGUGUCUGUCCCGAUUACUGACCGCUUCCCAGAUUUCUACAAAACCCGGCCGGUGCGACGUGAACUUAAGUUACCCGAUCUGUACACCUGUUUACGUGUUCUUAGAGACUGUCCUUUUGAUUGCGAGAUACUUGCUAAAUUAACCUUAGGAGACGAAGGACUUGCCAAGAAAUUCCCGGUUAAGAACUCUGCUGGCGUCGACGUUAAAAAGUCCUUGGGGCAGAUUUCUUGUGAGCGUUUCGGCAAAGAUUUCCUUACCCCUGGCAAACGAGUGGUGACAUUCUACAACUCCCCUCGUGAGUGUGGUAAAGAGGCGUCCACCCAUGCGUUUGACCAACGGCUCUGCUGUACUAACUACAACGUUUCCGACAUCGGUUCAUUUAAUGCUUGGAAUAAGAAUUGUACCGAAAGAAUGAAGUUAGUUGAUGUCUUGCCUAAAUCUGUUGGAGCACAUUGAAUUGUAGGCCUAUUCCUCAGUGAAAUUCGUAUAGGCACUUAUCGAUAUCUUGCGAUACAAAGUUUCGUUUAAUCUAGACAACAGAUACGCAAGAGUGUAGUUAUUCGGAUACAGAUUUAUGUGCAAUGAAUUAUUCAGUUCACUUGGAGUAUUGACUGAGUGCUGUGUAAGGCUCAUAGCGAAGUCUUUUAAACUUGGUAGGCUUACAUU